AUUGCAGGCCGCUCUGAGCCUCACUUCCGCUCCUUGGAAAGCGAAGGGAGAGGCGGCGGCGGCGGUAGCGGGUGGUCGCAAUGUUUCGCUUUUUGUUACAUACAGCCCGACAGCAUCUUCCAUCAGUGAUAGAACCCAUUGACCCUUUCCUAAAAGCAAAGGUUGGCUUUGUACUUGGUAAUGUAUUUGGGGUGUAUCUGGCUCAGAACUAUGAUGUUCCAAACAUUGCAAGAAAGUUUGAAGAAAUCAAGAAAGAUGUGGAAGCUAGGAAGAAGCCCCCAAAUGACAAAUGAUGUUGAUGAAGCCAUCUGUGUAAUAGGUGUAGAUGAUGUAGCUUUGCUUUUGGGACACAGGUACCAACCUGUAACAUCGUUUUUCUGGAUUCCCUCCAAGGCUAAUUGUGGAAGACCUUGACUGGAAGCAUCACCUCAUCCUUAGGACCUUCCAGUGCUUUCCGAAUAUUUGACCUUUGUUUUAACCUUACAUAAUAAGAAAACAGAUCCAGAGAGAGGAAUUGGACUUUUGUUCUCAGUGUAUUUACACAGUACUUACUUUAUAUUCAGUAUUAAUGUGUCAUGGGUGUAGAAUAAUGAAAUUCAUUUUGUUAUUCAAACCCAACAAACUAAUAGCCUGGCUGUAACAGCGGUUCAUGGAAGAAAUCAGAAGGGAACCGCAAACUAGUACCCAAAGAUUCUCCCCCUUCCCAAAUGUAUUUGGGAGCACAACUAUACAACCCUUUUGUACAACCUCUUUAUAAUGUACUAAAUUACUGAUUAAAACCAAUGAAUACCCUG